AUGGCUGCUGGAAUAAAUACGUGCACGAAAGAAGAACAACGUUCUGUAAUUUGUUUUUUGAUCAGUGAAGGUGUGAAACCGAUUGAAGUUCAUCGACAUUUGAAGGUUCGGUAUGGUGAUGCAUGCUUGUCACAGCAGCAAAUGUACGAGUGGAGUAGGAAAUUCAGAAAUGGUGUGACGUCUGUGGCAGACGCUCCUCACCCGGGUCAGGUGCACAGAGUUGUGACGGUUGUGACCGUUGUGACCCCUGAGGCCCCUGAGCCCCCUGAGUCUGUUGCAGCAGUUGAAGCCCUAGCAAUGGAGAAUCGCCAAGUGUCGGUGGAUGAAAUAGCCGAAAUUCUUAACAUGAAUCACGGAUCAGCACACCAUGUCAUUCACGAUGUGCUCCAGUUUCACAAAGUGUCUGCAAGUUGGGUGCCACAGCAGCUGACUCCAGAAUUGAAACAACAAUGUGUUGACACCUGUAAAGAACUUCUGCGGCGACUUGAAGCAGAAGGUGGUGGCUUCCUUUUGAGAAUCGCUACUGGUGAUGAAACUUGGGUGCACUGCCACCAACCACAAACAGAGAACAAGCAAGGAAUGGCAUCAUUCCUCAUCACCAAAAUCCAAGAAGUUCCGAAUCACAUUAAUGCAGUUCUUUUAAGCAUCCGUACUUCAAAGUAUGAAUGCAUAUUCUUAAUAACUGCUGCAGACCAGCUCAGUAAAUGUAACGGCAGUAAGCUGAAAUUUCUGAUUUAUCUGUGCAGAUUAGCAAGAUAG